AUGGGACAUCUUAUUGCAUGCACGUAUGACAUGGUAUGCACUGACUUGACACAAUAUGGUUUUUUGGAAACCUUUUUUCCGCUCCGCACCGCACCUCCUACAAAUUUUAAUGAUCGUAUUAUGUGUGUUGGAUGGCUCGCAAAAUCAAAACAUUUUGUGCAAUUUUACUUGAAACCGGGAUGCCUCAUACCACCUACGUCACCGGGAUGGGCACUUCAUCAUACCGAAGCUGCUGAUACGUGGUCGGAUCGUUUUGUGGAUAGAAUGCACAAUUUCGAAAGGUUGAACAACAUCGAAAAGGAAUCAAAUGCCGAAAAGUCAAGAUUAGAACCUCCAAUAGAUUUUGCCAGCGACGGUUCUUUUGAUGUAUUUAUCUAG